UAGCGCGAAGCCAACUGCAGCAGCCGAGAGGUGUGAGCCGCAGCUGUGUCAGAGUCAAGGGGCAUCGGAGCCAGGCGCAGAUCCACAGCGAUAUCCAGACAUUCAGAGCCACAGGCACCAUGUCCGAUCCUGAUGAUGUCCGACCUGUUCCACACAGGAGCAAAGUGUGCCGUCGUCUCUUCGGUCCCGUGGACAGUGAGCAGUUGCGUCGCGAUUGCGAUGCGCUCAUGGCCGGCUGCCUCCAAGAGGCCCGGGAACGCUGGAACUUUGACUUCGUCACUGAGACGCCGCUGGAGGGCAACUUCGUCUGGGAGCGCGUUCGGAGCCUAGGGCUGCCCAAGAUCUACCAGAGCCCUGGCUCCCGCGGCGGCCGUGAUGACCUGGGAGGGGACAAGAGGCCCAGUACCUCCUCUGCCCUGCUGCAGGGGCCAGCUCCGGAGGACCACGUGGCUUUGUCGCUGGCUUGCACUCUGGUGUCUCACGCCCCCGAGCGGCCUGAAGACUCCCCUGGUGGUCCCGGAACAUCUCAGGGCCGAAAACGGAGGCAGACCAGCCUGACAGAUUUCUAUCACUCCAAGCGCAGAUUGGUCUUCUGCAAGAGAAAGCCCUGAAGGGCCGACGGGAGCCUCGCCCUCUUCUGCUGUGUGGGUCAGGAGGCCUCUUCCCCAUCUUCUGCCUUAGCCCUCACUUUGUGUGUCUUAAUUAUUAUUUGUGUUUUAAUUUAAACUUCUCCUGUAUAUAUUCUGCCUGCCCUCUCCCGGUCUCCAAACUUAGAGUUAUUUAAAAAAAAAAAGAAAAAAACCCUUAAUUAGUAGGACGGUGAGCCCCUUAGUGCUGGGGAUUUGUAUUAUGUAGACUGUUAUUUAAGCCCUUCUCAACCCAACCUCUUCGCUUCCCACCCUGGAGGGACAGUGGCAUUGACCUCAUCCCAUCUGUAUCCGUUUCCCCCAACACCCCUCCCCACCCCUCCCCACCCCACCCACCCCACCCCACCCCGCCUGGUUCCUUGCCAUGUCUCACCUGGGGGGGGGUGUGAUCCUUAGACCUGAAUAGCACUUUGGACAACUGAGUAGGACUUUGGGGUCUCCUUGUCACCUCUAAGGCCAGCUAGGAUGACAGUGAAGCAGUCACAACCUAGAACAGGGAUGCCCGGUUAGGACCCAACCGGAAUAUCUCGAUCCUUGACAUUCAUUCAGACCCGUGAAGACGGGAAUGGUCCCCACUCUGGGUCCCCUUUGUCACUCCUGGGGAGCCCGCCUCCCCUGUGGGUCUCUGCCAGCUGCCCCUCUAUUUUCGACGGUUAAUCUGGUGAUCAGCUGCUCUCCCCUCCCCCAUCCUCCCCCGCCCCAGGUCAGCAGGAGGCAUCUCUAGGCACUUGCCCCAUAUAGCUCAGCGGACUGGAAGGGAAUGGAUAUACGGGGUACACUAAGUGGGGUUCCCUGAUCCUACCUCAGGCAGCUCCAGCGGCCACCACCCUCCUUGUGGGGCUGGGGUGGGUCCUUGGUGGUGAGACAGGCCUCCCAGAGCAUCCCUGUGCGUGUGGUAUGUGGUGGUAGUGGGGUGGGCUUAUCUGGGAUGGGGACCCCAGCCACUGAAGUCCUCAGUGGCUUCUCCCAUUUCUUAGUAGGAAGGAGUUGUACAAGGAGCCAGGCCAAGAUGGUGCCUCAGGGGCUAAGGGAGCUGACAGGACACUAAACAAUGGCUCUUCCUUUCCCAGAGUUGAAUACUGAGCCCCUGUGGGUAUCGAAGCACUUAGUAGGUCUGACCCCAACCCCAAACACCCCCAUUUCCGUAACAUCCUGGUCUGGAUUGUUUAUCCUUAGCCCCAGCCCCAAGAACAUGUAUUUUGGCUCCCUCCCUGUCCCCAUUCGGAUUGUAAACCUCACGCAGACAGGGCCAGCACCCUGCAUUGUCCUAAGUCCUCACACCCUACCCCAACGCUGGUGCUCAAUAAACACUUCAAGAUGA